CCUCGCUUGAUUACAUUCGUGCUCUUUCAAGACAAAUAUUUGAUUGUAUGUCGAAGUAAAAUUCUGCCAAACAUGGCUGCCCAUGGUUAUGAAGAAGAGCGUUUUGAAGUUGCUGUAAGUAAAAGUUUUCGCUGCCCGAUUUGCUAUAGCAUUUUAAAAGAUCCAGUCAUGUGUCGUCAAAACCAGCAUACGUUCUGUCGAUGUUGUAUAACUAAACAUCUCGUGAGCCUUUCGACAACAAAAGAUUGUCCCGUCUGUAAGGAGCAACUCAGUCUCGACACGCUCAGCGAUCCGCCGAGAAUUCUAACCGACUACUUGUCUGAGUUGAAGAUACGUUGCGAAUUUUUCGAGCGGGGUUGCAAAGAGUUUGUCGAAUUACAGAAUCUGGCAAGGCACACGGAGGCGUGUGGUUAUGCUCCCGAGGUAUGCUCGAACCCAGACUGCCAAGUCGAGGUCAACAGACGCGAUCUGAUCCACCACGAGUGCAUGGAAUGUGAAGAGCGGAAGCUAAAAUGUCAUAGCUGUGAUCGCAUGAGCGGCGACGUGGCGCAAAUAAAACAGGUUUUAAAAACAGUGAACGAAAAAGUUGGUGUACUUGAGAAUACCUGUGAGACAAUGUGUGAAAAUGUCUGCGCCGCAGUUAAUUUAAUUGCGGAAAAGUUUGAUUCAUUUCAAAAGAAGUUUGAUUCAUUUCAAAAGAAGUUUCAUUUAGUGGUCGAAAGUCAGAAGGAAAUGAAGACCAAUCUUCAAUCGUUGAAAAGACGUUUUCCUAACCAAGAUAAUACCGAGCAAGAUUUACCAGGUGAAUCAUCUUCUUCUCCAAAGAGAUCCAAGCUUGAAAACGAUGAUAGCGCCGAAAGAGCUGAUAAUGAUGACGAUGAUGAAGAUGAUGAUGAUGAAGAUGAUGAUAAUGAAAUCGAAAGUGAUUUUGAAACCGAUGACUCUGACGAAUCUCAAGCUGAAGCAUUUUUUUCACCUGAUCUUUCAUCACAGAAUUCCUUCUCCUCUAGCUUAAAUACACCUGCCACACCAAACGUGUAAAUUUCUUAUAAUUUGGUUUAGUUAUAGACCGCAGACACCUUUCCACUGAAACAAUAUACACUGUGAAUUAGUUGAUAGGAUGGUGAGAAAAUUUGGCAUGGCAAGUCAACUCUUUCUGCUGUUGAAAGACUUUGUUUUGAAUGUUGUUCGUCCUCGUUCAGUGAAUGAAUUUAGAUAUUUAGCAACUGUCGUAGAUUAUUAAACUUUUACUCAGUAUAAAAUGCCCACUCUCGGUUCCUAUUAUAUAUAUUAAAAUACUUUUUGUAUCCAUAUUUUA